AUGGUUGGGAAACUUCCAAGGGAGCUUGGAUCUUUAUCAAAGCUCCGUGGACUCUAUGUACUCUUCAACAAUCUGUUAGGAGAAGUGCCUCCUUCCUUCGGAAAUUUGUCAUCCCUUGAGAUACUUUCAGCAUGUAGAAAUCAAUUUGAGGGAGGAAUUCCAGCAACACUUGGUCGGUUGAAGAGGAUUCAAUUUAUUGCAUUUGGAGUAAAUAAGCUCUCAGGUACUAUUCCUCCCUCAAUCUACAAUAUAUCUUCGCUUGUGAAUGUCGGUUUUGAGUUGAACCAACUUGAGGGGAGUCUACCCUUAGACCUAGGUUUCACUCUUCCUAACCUUGAAGUGCUAAGUGUUGGCUUGAACCAAUUUACCGGACUCAUUCCUCCUUCAAUAUCCAAUGCCUCAAAUCUAAUGAGACUUGGGAUUGAAAGAAAUAGAUUUAGUGGAAAGGUGCCCACGUUGGAGAACCUACAUAAACUACAAAGGGUUAGAAUUUUUGGUAAUCAAUUAGGAAAUGGGAAAGAAGAUGACUUGAAGUUUCUCAAUUCUUUGCAAAAUGCUACGAGCUUAGCGGUACUAGAUAUUAGUGGUGACAAAUUUGGAGGUAUGUUGCCAGACAUUAUGGGAAAUUUGUUGACCCAACUCAGAUUUCUAGCUAUUGCAAACAAUAAAAUGUUUGGAAAAAUCCCAACAGCAGUAGGCAAUCUUGUUAACUUGGAAGUUUUAAAACUAUGGAUGAACCGAUUCACGGGCCAUAUUCCAAGCAGUAUUGGGAAUCUUCAAAAGCUACAAGUUUUGCUGGUCAGUGAGAACAGUUUCUCUGCAGAGAUACCAUCUUCUCUAGGCAACCUAUCAUUGUUAAUCAUGCUUAGAUUAGAUAGAAACAACCUACAGGGGACCAUUCCAUCAAGUCUUGGGGGAUGCACUAAUUUAGAAGAUUUAGAUCUCUCUUAUAACAAUCUAAGUGGUACCAUACCUCCUGAAGUAACAGGUUUUCUAGCUAUAUCUGAGAAUAAAUUGUCUGGUGAAAUUCUUGAUAGUUUGGGCAAUUGCAUUAGCUUGCCAAAACUAUUCAUAAAUGGUAAUUUCUUUCAAGGAAAUAUUCCAUCCUCCUUGAGUUCUUUGAGAGGCAUUGAUUAUCUUGAUCUUUCAUCCAACAAGUUGUCUGGCCAAAUACCCAAUUUUUUAAUGAACUUUCCCUUUUUGAUGAACUUAAAUUUAUCUAACAACAACUUCGAGGGUGAAGUACCAAUUGCAGGAGUCUUCAACAACGUAAGUGCUAUUUCACUUUCGGGAAAAAAUAAACUUUGUGGUGGCAUAACCACAUUACAUUUAUCCAAUUGUCCCAUCAAAGGAUCAAAGCAAACUCGGUAUGUUUCAAAGAAAGUGAUAAUUCCUAUAGUUGUUGGAAUUUGGUUACUAAUUAUGAUGUUAUGUUUGAUAAUUAUUCGCUGGUGGAGAAGAACGAAAAGGAAUUCCUUUCCUGCAUCACCAUUGUUGGCUUCACUUAUGCAAGUGUCCUAUGAUAAUCUACUAAAAGCAACUGAUGAGUUCUCUUUAGAAAAUUUGAUCGGUUCAGGGAGUUUUGGUUAUGUGUAUAAGGGGGUCCUAGACAAUAACGAAAUGAUAGUGGCAGUGAAGGUUCUUAACCUUCAAAAUCGAGGAGCUUCCAGGAGUUUCUUGGCUGAAUGUGAAGCCUUGAGAAGUAUCAGACAUCGAAAUCUUGUCAAAAUAAUAACUGUUGCAAGUGUUCAUUUCCAAGGAAAUGAUUUCAAGGCUUUGGUCUAUGAGUUUAUGGUUAAUGGGAGCUUAGAGGAGUGGUUGCAUCCUAAUCUAACUACAAAUGUGUUGCAAGAAGCGCCCAAGAAUCUAAAUUUUCCACGGAGACUUAAUAUUGCUUUCAAUGUUGCUUGUGCAGUGGAUUAUAUUCAUAACCAUGGCCAAACACCAAUGGCUCACUGUGAUCUCAAGCCAAGCAAUUUUCUUCUUGACGAUGAGUUGACAGCACAUGUAGGUGACUUUGGAUUGGCAAGAUUCCUUCCAAAGGGCACCCAUAGCCUUUCAAGUAAUCAGACAAGCUCUGUUGGUGUAAGAGGAACUGUUGGUUAUGCUGCUCCAGAGUAUAGUAUGGGAAGCGAGGCUUCAACUCAUGGUGAUGUGUACAGUUAUGGAAUACUCUUAUUGGAGAUGUUUACGGGGAAGAGGCCAACCAAUGAGAUGUUUAAUGGCGAUUUGAAUCUUCAUGAUUUUGUUAAGGCAACUAUCCCUGAAUGA